AUGAGAGCACAAUUCAAAGAAAUCAAUGCCAGGCCUGCAAAGAAAGUGGCUGAGGCCAAAGCCCGCAAGAAGCGUGCAGCCAUGAGGAAGCUCGAGAAAGUUCGGAAGAAAGCAAACAGUAUAUCAGACCAAGCAGACAUAUCAGAUCCUUCAAAGAGGAAAUUAAUUGAGCAACUCUAUAAGAAGGCAACGCCCAGAAGGCCACAAAAGGAAUAUGUGGUUGCGAAGAAAGGAGUGCAGGUGAAGACUGGCAAGGGAAAAGUCCUUGUAGAUCCUAGGAUGAAAAAGGAUGCUAGGGCACGUGGGAUGGGGAAGCCAGGAAAAGGAGGUAAAAAGGGGAAGAAUGUCAAAGCUCAGAAAGGCAAAGGACAAAUGAAGGCGCGGUCAAAGACGGGAAGGAAGCCCAAGAAAGAGAGACAAUUGAAGAGCAUGCUACUAACUUUAUUACAAGAAGGAGACUGGCGUACAAAAAAUACAGGUAAUAAGAUUGCAGAGUUAAAGAAGGAAGAGAAAAUGGCUAUAAGUCCAAACCUAACGUCAUGCCACCCAUCUUAUGGUCGCAAAGACUUGCUUGUGAACUGCUGCCCGCCAAACUACCAAACUCCACAACCUUUCAUUGAUUUUCAAUUUCCAGACCCUUCACGACCUGUAAGAGUUCGACGUCCAAUCCAUAUCAUUGAAAAAGAUGAGACCUACGUUGCAAAAUACAAAAAAGCAAUCUCCAUCAUGAAGUCUUUGCCUUAUGACGACCCUCGAAAUUAGAUGCGUCAAGCAAACUUAUACUGUCUUUUUUGUACUGGAGCCUACAACCAACCACACUGUCAUUUCCCUUUUCAGGUCCAUGGAUCCUGGCUCUUUUUUCUUUGGCAUCGUAUGAUGUUUUACUUCCAUGAACGUAUCCUUGGAAGUCUUAUUGGAGAUAACACUUUUGCUUUGCCUUACUGGCCAUGGGACAUCCCUGAAGGAAUGGAGAUCCCCGCCUUAUAUAUGAACGAACCCUUUUUUGAUGCAGAAUGUGACAUUUCUCAUUUUUCACCUCGAAAGAUUAAUUUGAACUUCAAUGAUGAAGGAUAUGUCAUGUUCAUGGCACUAGAGCUCACCCGCAUAACACCAUGCAUACUUAGGUUUGGUAGUAGUUUAAAUCCUCGAAGGGAGGAUAUGGGUGUCUUUUACUCAGCUGCAAGAGACCCAAUUUUCUAUGUACACCACAGCAAUAUAGACUGCUUACACUAUCUACCAUGGCUUAAUGCACGUCCCAAGCCUUCAAUUCCACCCAAGCUUGCUCGUCAAAUUCUCACCAACAUGUCAACCAACCACUAUCCAUCGAUUAUAGACUUCACCCCAUACGGUAAACCACUAAACAACAACUUAACAUUGAAAGUUAAAAGACCUAAACUCUUUAGAACCAAAAAAGAGAAAGAAGCGGAAGAAGAGGUGAUUGUUGUUUAUGGAAUCAAUGUCAAACAAGAUGAAUAUGUGAAAUUUGAUGUGUACGUGAAUACAAUUGAUCAUACAGUGGCUAGUCCACAAUUUAGGGAAUUCGCAGGAACAUUUGUCCAUGUUCCUCAUGGUAUAUCAUUUCAUAAGCGAGAGAGUUAUGAAAUGAGAAAGAAGAAAUACACUCUUAAAUUAGGAAUAUCAGAAGUAUUAGAGGAUUUGGAGGCAGAUAUAGAUGAAAGCAUUUGGAUCACAUUAUUACCAAGAACUAAAACUUGUAUCAAUGUGACCAUUGAUGGCGUUCUAAUUGAGUACAUGAAAUAA